AUGGGCAGUAAAGCGUCCAAGUCAAAGUCCUCAAAGGGAGGCCACAAGGUAGCAGGCAGUAGUGAUAGUGCCGCGUCCAGUGCUGGCGCUCGUGGCGAGGUGGACCAGUUGGUGGCCAUUGCUAAUAACUUUAAUCAGCACUACAAAGAGCAACUGGAACAGCAACGACAUGUUCAGCAACAGCAGCAGCAGCAGCAACAACAACAACAGUUGCAACAGCAUUCGGCGUACAUAGCCUCUCACCACGGUGCCCCACAGUCCUCGCAGCAGCACCAGCAGCACGGCGUACCGCCUAGCUUUGUCAUCCGCAACCAGACGACAAUCUCGGGCAGCGCCUUUCAACCGGUUCACCAGUCUGCUCAGCAAUCAGGUCAUCACCAGUCGGCUAAGUCCUAUGAGCCUGCUGCACUGCCCAGCUCCAGAUCAUUCGACUCGAACGAGAUCCGCCGAUUCAAUGCCGCCGUCGCCGCCUCUGCAGCUGCUAAUCAAUCAAGUAAGUUGGGUGUGCUUAUGAAAUAUUCAUCGCCGGGCGAAUUGCAAGUUUUCUUUUUUUUGCCUGCUUGCCUGCCUGUCUGUUUUCCUUGCCAGCAAACUGCCUUCAUGAACUGA